CCGGUGUGUUGGCGGGAAAAUGUCGGCCAUGUUUGACCUGCAUACUCUCUCAUACCACAUGGAAUAUGUAAGCGAGGACCCAUAAACUAUUAGAUAAUCAGAUGGGCAGUACAAGCAGCAUGCAGAGGCCUCCUCCUCGCAAAACUGCUGAUGCAGCAAAUUCUAGCCCAGGCGAUACUCGUAAUCAACCGGUGAAUAACCUAUCUAAAACACAGUCUGAUCGAGGAGGAACUGAUAUCACUCAGAAACCAGCAGUAAACUCUGUACCUUCUGGCGUGGAUACGGAGGCUGAAAUGAAGAAACUGCGGGAAGAUGCUUCACAUUUAAAUUCGGAAUUUGACGAAAUUGACACUCUUAUUCAAGAACUUAAAGCUGAUGCUUUCACGAAGACUGGGAAAUAUUCAAGGAUCUACAACUGGAGAUCUCUGGGCUUCGAGGACUACGCUGAUACGGACCGUCGUAAGCUCGGUGAAUACUUAGCGGUAUCUGACGCUGCUGAAGUGCUGAAUGCAGCAUUUGACACACUGCUGAAAUCACUUGGGUUUACAUGUAUGUGGCCUAUAAAGAUGGACUUUGAAGACAAGACGCAGGUUCUUGUUGCUCAAAAGUUAUCCAUGAUACGAAUGAUUGUGUGGAACAAUACGGAUGGUAGUCUCAGUUUUGCUGAAAAGGUGAGCAAAGCUGGGAUGCUUAAAUAUUUCGUGGAAGAUUUAAAACAGAUGGAUGUGGAAGAUGCCGCCGCCGCUGAUGACGAUGAUGAAGAUGAUGACGAGGUCAGUGAGAUAUUUACACACACUCAAUGAAUGGGAAAGCGUUCAUUUCAAAGAAGCAUGCAUAUAUAUAUGCCCCUCAUUUUCCAUAAAUAUUGUUGUUCUUACGUAGGCUAUCAAUUUCGUGUCAAUGCAAUAUUACGCCGCUUUUAGUAAUAUUC